UAACCAGAAUAAUAAUCAGCACUGUACUGAGAUGCAGGACUGUGGUGUAUGGAAUGAUGCUCCGUGUUCAGAGAAGAGGUAUUUCAUCUGUUAUAUUGAAACACACUAGGCCAUGGAUUGGCCUGUUCCGGGAUACAUGGGGAUGGUCAGACCUGUCAAACUCCUCAUUCCGUAACUGGAACAUUGGUAAAAAUAAUGAGAAUCAUGAGAAUGAUGAGAAUAAGGCAUGUGCAUUAGCACAGGUCAGUUUGAAUGGGACAUGGACUAUAACACCAUGUGAUAAAAAGCAUCCAUUCGUAUGCUAUGAUGAUAACCUGAUCUUGGUAAAUAAUAACAUGACCUGGAAUGAAGCCCUGAAUUACUGCAGAACGCACCAUUUGGAUCUGGCGUCUGUCCACAAUGAGGAGAUCCAGUACUGGGUCAGUAGGAUGGCUGAGAAGGCCUCCACUGAUCAUGUCUGGCUGGGGCUGCGCUUCUCCUGCUCCCUGAACUUCUGGUUCUGGGUCAGCGCAGAAAAUGUCUGCUACAAGAACUGGGCCCCAAACAACAUAUCCAACAGUGACUUGUGUGGAAACACAGGGGCAGUAAAAUCUAAAAACCCACAUUACUGGGUCAGCCUGCCUGAGACUGAGAAACUUAACUUCAUCUGCACCAAAAAGUCGCCUCUUUUCCCCGCCGGCACCAUGCCCCACGCCUCUGUGAACAAAUGGAGAAAGAACAUGUGGAGGCUAAAAUACAGUGUGGAGAUAUUUAAAAUUGACAAUUGA